AUGUUUAUCUUAGAAUGUCUUUGAAUCACUGGAAAGGCAAUUCAUACGGCCAAAUAUAAGAAGCUAGAAUCCUACAGGUACUCUUUACCACUGAGGGUGGAGUAUUCUGUAGAAGAGCUGCGAAAGAUUCUUCGACUCACUGGAUGGCCGGAGAUUCUUCUCAGUGGACUGAACGAUUCGCUCUCUGGAGGACCUGGCAGGACAUCUACUGAAGUUCAGCUCAUUCCCUCGGGAGUGUUGAGUCGUCCUCGAUCUCACAGGGUGGUCGAAAGGAGAAUCGAAGGAAGAAGAGAUCGAAGUGCUCCGCGAUUCGUCGUGUUUAGGAAUUCGAAUCGCAUCAUCGAAGCGAUGUCGCUGCUACUGAGCAGUUCUCGUGUCACAGUUGUACACGAAGGAGAACAUCGCUCAACUUGGAAAGAGUCGGUUUGGAGAGAAGAAAAUCCGGGAAAAGGAGAAAAAUACUGGGAUGAAGUGUUCCGGUUGGUGGUUGAGGACUUGAAGGACGUUGAAGAUUAUGGACUCCUUCUCUGUAUGGGCCAAGUACCGAAGAGUCAGAUUCGGGUCCUUUCAAUCAUCCCGCAAGAGCGAGGGCCGCUCUCUGCUCGCGAGGGAUGA